AAUGAGUUCACGAGCGGCAUUCAAAUGAUUCAGUUCUUGUAGAUUCUCGAACACGGAAGUGCGCGGAAAACAACGUUGCAUAGACCAUUGUCAAUCUUGCAAUUUUGUGCCACUUUAUUAAGUCGUAAAUUUCCUUUAAAGACGCAUGACGUUUCAAAGCACAACCAUGAACAAACCAACGACCACAAUCCAAUCCUUCUACAAAGGAAAGACCAUUUUUAUUACUGGCGCUUCUGGUUUCAUGGGGAAGGUACUUUUGGAGAAGUUGCUAUACAGCUGCUCCGAUCUCGACAAAAUCUACAUCCUCAUACGACCUAAGAAAGGACACAAUAUCGAAUCUCGGAUCGAUAACAUGUUCAAGCUGCCCAUGUUCCACAGAAUAUGUCAAGAAAAACGUCACGUUUUAAAGAAAGUAUUGCCGCUGAAUGGUGAUCUAACUAUGUACAAUCUUGGUCUUACCGACGAACAACGGAAGACGCUGAUGAACGAGGUGCACAUAGUAUUCCAUUUUGCCGCAUCUCUUCGAUUGGAGGCGAAAUUGAAAGAUUCCGUCGAGUUUAACACGAUUGGUACGAGAAAAGUACUGGAUCUGGCUAGGCAGAUCAAACACCUGCAGGUGUUCGUGCACCUGAGCACGGCCUUCUGUCUGGUCGAGCAAGAGCGAGUUGACGAAAUCGCUUAUGACGCCCCUCACGAUCCAAAUGACAUCAUGAGACUCGUGGAGUGGAUGGACGAGAGCGCCAUUGAUCUACUUACACCCAAACUAUUGGGUCCGUUUCCAAAUACUUAUAUUUACACGAAGCGUUUAGCUGAAACGCUAGUGACUAGGGAAUAUCCCAAUCUACCUUGCGUCAUCGCUAGGCCAUCAAUAGUAAUUCCUGCCAUGGCGGAGCCGUUGCCGGGAUGGGUCGACAAUUUGAACGGCCCUACUGGAAUAAUUGUCGCUGCAAGCAAGGGUGUCCUCAGAACGAUGCUAUGCAAUACCCAGUAUCAAGCUGAAGUUAUUCCGGUUGACAUAGUAAUUAAUUUUUUAAUCAAUAUCUCCCACAAAGUGGCUACCCAACAGAAGCCGAAAAGUAUACCAGUGUACAAUGCAGUGAAUAACGAUCACGUACAUGUCACCUGGGGUGAUAUAUUAAAAAUAAGUAAAAGCAUCUGUUACGAAUAUCCUUUCGAAGGACAAGCCUGGUAUCCGGGUGGAAACGUGCAUACUAACAAAUUUAUACAUUAUCUAUUGGUCUUCUUCUUCCACAUCAUUCCCGCGUACUUGAUCGACUUUUUGAUGCUGAUAUUUCUACAAAAAAGAUUUAUGGUCAGAAUUCAGAAGCGAAUUUCAACCGGCCUAGAGGUAUUGCAAUAUUUCACCAUGAGGAAUUGGGUAUUUGAUAAUACCAAAUUAGAAAUUAUACGCGAGGAAUCGUCGCCAGAGGAUAAAAAAAUCUUCCCACUCGUUUUUUCAAUGAACAUCAGAGAAUAUAUGAAGAUAGUUAUACUUGGCACGCGGCAGUACUGUAUGAAAGAGAGCUUGUCUAGUUUGCCUAAAGCUCGUCGGCAUCAGGCAACAAUGUACGUUGUCCAUCUUCUCACGAAAUUCCUCUUCUACUUCGGCAUACUGUUCUUCAUCUAUAAGAACUCGGAGAUGGUGAGGUACUGCCUGCAUUUACCAAGCUUGUAAAGUGACUGACGAUCAUGAGCGGCGUUAUGAAGAACGUUUAAGAAUAAUACCUCACUCACACGUUAGACUUUCGCUGGUACACAGACUGGCCUAGCCUUAUCAUAUGCAAUUGCUCUUUUCUAAAGCUCAUAAUGUAUUUUUUACGAGAAGUUUUAAAAUGGCAUAACUUAACUCGAAAAUGACAAGGUGGGGUAUGGGCAUAACCUAAACGGUACAUUUUGUUGAAUAGUAUAUAGGGUAAUUAUAUGUAUGUACUUGCUCAAGUAAUAUGAGCAAUUAUACGUACAUAUCAUUCCAAAUUCGCAGUAAUUAUCAGUUGAAUUUUUGUCUUAGUUUUGAAGAAAUCAUUACGCUUUUCGCAUCUCGUGAACUGUCACAGGUCGCAAAUACGUAGUAAUAUUAUAACAGCAUUAUAAUAAUAAUAAAAACUAAUGAGAAUAUUAAUUUUAUUGAUUAAAAACACAUUUUUGUAUUUACUUUAUGAAUAGAACGUCACAAUUUGCAAACCUAUGAACUUGAAUUUGCAGUGUGGGCUAAACAAUUGCAUUACGUUCAUAUAAAUGCUGUAACUUUGAAUAUAUGAAUAUAUAUAUUUGUUAUAUAUUCGUAACUUCAAUGCUUUAGCACUUAUGUGAAUGUUUUGUGCCAUUAUAAUUUUUAUGAUUAUCUUUAAUAAACUUCUCUGUGUAAUUAAACAUUCACUUUUAUUUCAAAAGAAGAAAAUAAAAUUUACAAGACUAAAAAUUCAAGUCUGCAGAUCUGAAAUUGUUCUGUUCAUAUGAUAAUUACAAAAUUAUAUUUUUUAACCAACAAAAUUAACAUUUUGAUUAGUUUUAAUUAGACACGAUGAAAACCUAAUGUUUUUGUAUCUUGAUAGCAAGGACUUAGAAAUUGCUGAAAAAAGUUGUAUGAUACAUUCGUAUCUCAUCUUAUGAUUGACAUUACGAGCCUUGUGAUUGCCAGGAUAAUGUGUUAAAGCUACUGUGUCUGUUAGUGUACUAUUCGUGUACGUAAUUUGCGCAAUGCAAUUUGUACAUAUAUUCACAUACGGAAUUUAUGCAAUUUGUGGCGAACAAACAAUGAAGAAACGUCCUCGAACGUCGUCCGAUUUUCUUUGAAAGACUUUGAACCACCUGCGAGCAGGCGAUGGUGCACGUGGUGGAGGAAAGCUCAAUCUGUAUAUUGUCGAUGUGCGCCACUGAUUUUAAGCUUCGACUUGAGCUAGGAUUUUUAAUCAAUUUCUAAUACACAUAUAGAUCAGGACAUUUCUAAGAAUGACUGAUCUAUUUUAAUUUAUCAAUCUUCACGUAGAAAUUGAUUAAAAACUCCAGCAUAAGUCAAAGUUCAAAAUCAGUUUCGCACACCGACGGUAUACAAAUUGAGCUUUUCUCCACUAUGUGUUUAGCGCACUACCGCCCGCUCGCAGGUGGUUCAAAGUUUCUCGAAGAAAAUCAGACGAUGUCCAAGAACGUCUCUUUAUUGUUUGCUCACCACAUGUUGCAUAAAUUCCGUAUAUGUAAAGUAGACCAGUCGUAUUUUUAAGAAAUCCUAGCGAUCUUAAUCAAGAGAUACGCGCGAGGGACGCGUGAUAAUUAUGGGUAAAGGUUUAAUUAAUGUAUUAUUAUGCUCUCUUGAUACAUCUAAUGUACAGUAUAUAUAAUACAGUUUGUAUAGCGUAUAUAGUACAUAUUCUAAACACGAAUAUGCUUAUUGUAAUAAAGGUGUAUGUGUACACAUAUAAACGCGCGCGCUACAUGUAUUACGCGUUAUAUAAUACCGACUCCGAAUUUCGAGACUACUUGAAGCCAUUAAAAGCCACCGUAUAA